GGAGCUGUUUGGAAGGGACCGGCGGAGGAAACAAAUACUCCCCGCCCCCCCGCCCCCGCCCGGCUCCCGCCCCGCCCGCCUCCUCGGAAGACCUGGAGGCCGCGGCGGGAGAGGCCCGGGCGGGGUGGGGCGCAGCCGAGCCGGCGGCCCCGGGAAGGGGGCUACGCGCGGGGUCGGCGCGCGGGGUGCGCCCGGGAUCAAGCGCUGCUGGCGUGGCCCGCGGCCGCGAGCGGUCGGUUAAUGAUUUAAUCACCCUCCGGGGGCGGUGGAGCCGCGGUCUGCCGUCUCUGGCUCCGCCCCCUCCCUGGAGCGCCCCCAGCCGGGGGUACAAAACUGCCCCUGUCCCCAGUGCGUCCCCCACCAGCAGCCCUGCGGGCUGGGCCGCCGCGGGAAGCAGGGAGUGUCCAUCUGCAGGACGUGGGAUCUGGCCAGGCGUGGCUGGGCAGUGGCACCCUUGGGGACAUUCUCGGCUGGGGACAUCUGAAUGGGCCGGGAGUCAUCACCUCAUUCAGAAAACCGUGUGUCUGAGGUCGGCCAGAAGUUGGCUCAAGUCACCAUUGAGUAGCGCCCCAUGAUCUCCUCCUUGUCACCCCCUCCACCCGCCGGACUUGAGAUCUGACCCCCGACCCGCCUGCCGCCCUCGGGAGGCCCGCCCCCCAGCACGAUGCCUAUCCUCAAGCAGCUCGUGUCCAGCUCGGUGCACUCCAAGCGCCGCUCCCGCGUGGACCUCACGGCCGAGAUGAUCAGCGCCCCCCUGGGCGACUUCCGGCACACCAUGCACGUGGGCCGGGCGGGGGACGCCUUUGGGGACACCUCCUUCCUCAACAGCAAGGCUGGCGAGCUGGACGGUGAGUCCCUGGAUGAGCAGGCCUCCACCUCGUCCUCCAAGCGCAGCCUCCUGUCCCGGAAGUUCCGGGGCAGCAAGCGGUCGCAGUCGGUGACCCGGGGCGACCGGGAGCAGAGGGACAUGCUGGGCUCCCUGCGGGACUCGGCUCUGUUCGUCAAGAACGCCAUGUCCCUGCCCCAGCUGAACGAGAAGGAGGCGGCCGAGAAGGGCUCUGGCAAGCUGCCCAAGAGCCUGUCGUCCAGCCCCGUGAAGAAGGCGGGCGCCGGCCAGGGCAGCCAGGAGGAGGUGGGCGAGGGGGAGCUUGGGCCUCGGCGGAAUGGGGCCGCCGCCCCCCACUCCCCGGACCCUCUCCUGGACGAGCAGGCCUUCGGGGACCUGACAGAGCUGCCCGUCGUGCCCAAGGCCGGCUUGGGGCUCAAGCACGCCGAGUCCAUCAUGUCCUUCCACAUUGACCUGGGGCCGUCCAUGCUGGGCGACGUCCUCAGUAUCAUGGACAAGGAGGCAUGGGAACCGGAGGAGGAGGAGGAGGAGGAGGAGGAGGAGGAGGGUGGCGGGUACCAUGACAACGGGGCCAAGGCCCGCGGCGGCACCCUGCUGGCUCCCCUGGCGGCUGCGGCGGCCCCUCCCAGGGCCAGGCAGGAGGGCGCGGCCGGCCGGGACCUGCCCCAGGACGAGGGGUGGGCGGCGGCCCCCAGCCCGGCCUCGGCCUGCAGCGAGGGCAGCCACACUCCGCGGGACAGCAGCUCCCUGUCCAGCUGCACCUCGGGCGUCCUGGACGAGCGCAGCCCGGCCUCCCGGGGCCCCGACAGGGCCCGGGCCCCACUGGCCCGGCAGCCCGACAAGGAGUUCUCCUUCAUGGACGAGGAGGAGGAUGAGGAGAUCCGAGUGUGAGUGAGGGGCUCCCGGCGGGGCUCCGCCUCCUCCCUGCCCCCGGGGCCGCCGCCCCCUUCUCUGCCCCCUCCCCGUGCACUGCAGCCGAGAGCCCGGCUUCGGCCCGCAGACCCUGGACUCUCCCGGGCGCGGGGAGCUGGCGGGGGGCUGCAGCAGGGUGCACGCAGCCCCGCUGAGCGCUGCGGGACAGGAACCGGCCGUCCCUUACCCCGCCCCCCCCCCGCCCCGCCCACCCCGGCCUCAGGUGGAUGCCAGCCGCCGGCCAAGUUCCUGCCUGGUGCGGCCGCCGCAGCUCAGCCCCGGGACAGCCCGGGGCCACGGCUAAGGACGCUUGGCUCACCUUUCCUCUCCUGGCGUUUGCUGCGACUGGUGGCGCGUGGCAGGAGGAAGGGUGGUCAUGGACCCUGGCCCCCUCCAUCCCUCGUCCCCAGCUCCUGCACCAGAAGCCUGGAGCCCCUCGGAGCAAAGCCGGACCGGAUGUGUGCACUAAACGCAGCCCCUUCCAGGGGACGAGAACGGGAUGGGGAACGAAAGGAGGCCCCGGGCUUCUUGAAUUUUCUAGAAGGGGCUCUUUCCAGGAUGACACUAGGAACAGGCUGGGCACUCACUCGCCCGGUCCCUGUUGAUUUGUUUGUUCUUCUUGUCAUGUUUAAAUCCUUCCAGAGCGGUAUCUGGAACAGUGUUAAUAGGUCUGCCGCCAGAAGGAAAAUCAGAUCCUUUUAGAAAACCUUUAUACUAAGUGCUUCCAAACUUUAUUUAGAACCGUAUGGGGUGGGUGUCUGUGCAUGUCUGUCCCUCCUCCCACCCCAUAGCUACUAACAACUGAAGGCAGCCCGUGUAGAACAUUUCUGGGAGAUGAUUUUUAAAAAAAAAAUAAUAUAUCAUUCCUAUGGAGGGAUAAAAAGCUUUUUUUGACUGGAUUACUCCCCUCCCAUACACACACACACACACACACACACACACACACACACACACACACACACACACACACACACACACACACACACACACACACACACACACACACACACACACACACACACACACACACACACACACACACAACUUCCUCUUCCCAGGCCUUCCCCUUCCCAGGCCUUUUCUGCCAGCAGGACCCCCUCCCCCACUCCUGAGGGCCCUGAGGGUAUAGAGUUGCCAGAUUUAGCAACAGAACAAAACUAGCAUGCUGAGAUAAAUUAGAAUAUCAGGCAUAGAGAGGAUAAUUUUUUACUACACUUGAUCUUAGCCAAAAGGCCGAGAAGUGAUCAGAGGAUAAUUUUUUAGUAUAAGUAUGUCCUGUGCCACGUUUGGAACAUCCGUAUGCUAGCAAAUAAUGAUUGGUUCUUUUGAAAUUCGAAUUUCACUCUGGCCCUUAUAAGCCUGCCCCAGGGGAUUGAGUGGGAGCUUGGGUGUGUGGCCCAGGGUUAACGGAUGAUGAUUUUCGUGUCCUGGGAAUAAGCUAACCCACCUCCUGUCCCCUUGUGGCCAGUGUGGGGAGGGGACAGAGAAGUACCACAGGCCCCGGGCCGGGGCUGGCGGGCGUAGCUGCUCUAGUCGGCCGUGUUUUGUCAGCUCCUGACCCAGACACUAACUUAGUUCCUGAUUCCGGUCUCCCAUCGGUGCUGUUUCCAGUAGCCUGGCUUCUGCUAGGGGCAGAAUGAGAAGGGGCCGUGCAGCCCCAGCCAGCUACCCUUGAAGCCCAUGCAGACCCAGUGGUCAGUUCCAGAUUCUAAACUGUGUAUUUUUUUCAUGGUAUUGUUAAAACAGUGAGGAAACAUUAAAAAAAAAAAAAAAAAAAGCCCUGUGG